GCCCUUUUUUUUUUGCGGGAUGUAAGCGAGCUGCAUUCGAGUGCGAUCCACUACGUGUCUCUCCGCACAUGGCAUUUCGUUUCUUAUCUUCUCCUUUACGCGCCUCUCCUUCCAACCGCAGCACAAGAUAGCGUACACGCUCACACACUGAGAGACACACACACACAUACACACACCACUGAAAAAAGCUGUCGCUCUCGUUGCAGAUUCUUUUUUUGCCUCUACUCCCUCAUCGGCACAACGACACGAUGGCAGCAUCUGACAACGCCGCGGCUUCCGAUCUUGUCAUGGUCGACACGGGCGCUCCUCUGCAAGAGUGCCUGCGUCGACUACAAGGUCAACUGGCUCGUGUUGAACUUCUCGCGGCACAGGAAGCCUCCGGCUGCCCUGUUGCGUCUCCUGCGGCCUUCUUCGAAUCCCUCCUGCAGAGUUAUGAAGGAACGUCGACGACGGCGUCCCAUGAGGCAGGCAAGGAGCCGGCCGAGGUAGAAGAGCGCGUGACAGCCCUGUGCCGGCGUGUCGCACGGAAGCUACGUCGGCUGAGCGAGGAGCAGCACAUGAACCUGUGCCUGGCCCGAUCGUCGCUGGAUGACGAUGACAUGGAUGCCGUGGUGUCGUCGCUAGAUGGCACCGCGACGGCAUCGCAGGCGGAUGUGACCGCGCACAAGCACCACCGCGCGGCGCAGCAGCAGCAACCCGGACUGCAGCAGGCGGAAAGCGAGCAGGACGACAUCUUUGGUUGGGUGACGGAGCCGGCGGCGGCGGUGCCGGUGUCAACGCCUUCUCUAGCUCCAGUAACGCACACGGCAACAAGAAGCGCCGCAUCAGCUGACGUGGACGCCGUACUGAUGCGUAUGGCGCAGGAGCUGGCCGAUGUGGUGGAAGCCCGUUACCGCCACGCGGAUCACCUCGACGACGUGCACCAGCAGCUUUUACAGCUGCGGCACGACACAGACACACUGUUCAGCGGGGAAGAAGACAACGAACGCCUACGUGCCCUCCUCGCUUACCGUCCAGCACACACCAUUGCCUCUGAAAAGGAGAGGGACGUGUGGCAGCGUGCGUGGCAGGCGGUGCUCCCAGCGACGUCAGCCGACCCUCCAACGUUAAAGGUGGGGGACGCAGUGGAGUGGAUCGAUAUGGCAGUGCUGGCACACGUGAAUGCGCAGCGCUACGCGGCUCUGCAGCGGCGGUGGGACACAGUUCAGAAAGCCUACGAAGGACACGUGGAGCUGCUGAACCGUCGUCUCGCACAGGCCGCUCUCCAGUUCGAGGAGAUGGAGCGGCGUGCAUAG